UGAAGAAUAUGAUGACACGAAAAUCGUGAAAUCGCGUAUGAGCGAAUUCUCGCGUGGACGACUGAAGGUGCGUAUGAGCUCUUGGGGGACAUGUAUAGGUAGAUAUGGGCCCGUAGACUAUUGCUAGUAUGUUUUGAAGGCCUAGGAAGUGAUUCUCACCGAGUUUUUAGUCGUUUUGUACGCGGAUCACGUGAGAUUUCACCCGUGUCGUCCCUAUC